GUUACGUCAGCGCCGCCGUGGCUCGUUGCGCAUGCGUGUCGCCCUGCCGUCUUCUGCGCAUGCGCGGUUGGGCGGCGCCCGGCCUCGCGCAGUGAUGUCGCCGCCGGGCCGCGCCGCGCCGGGCCUGCGCUCCGCCAACACGCGCGAGCUGUCCGAGGUCGUGUUCAACAACCGCAGCCCGCGAGCCGUGCUGCCCAUCUGGGUGGACUUCGAGGGCCGGCCGCGGUACUACCCCGUGCUGCGGCCGCGCACCGGGCGGGUCAUGCACAGCUACCGCGCCUCCUACGUGAUCACUGACCAGACGGAGCUGCGGAAGAUCAAAUGCAUGGAGAAGACCGGGAUCAGCAUCACCCGCGAGCUGAUGUGGUGGUGGGGUGUGAGGCUGGCGACCGUGCGGCAGCUGCUGGACCUGCUGCAGGCGCUGCAGCUCUACCGGGCGGCUCAGGUCAUCCUGGACUGGAUAUCACCCUCUAGCAUUAUCACUUCUGAAAAAGAAGAGCUGGUAGAGCCACCUAAACAGGAGAACGUAUCUUUAACUCCCACAGAAAACAAACACAAAGAGAGAGAAAAUGAGAUAAGUUUGCUGCCAUCACCAGAGCCUUCACAGCCAGGAAUAUCACCAGCAUGUAUUUCAGAUGCUGUUUCUGAAGGAACCUUGUAUUCACUUCCUUCUCCACCACCUCCCCCAAGAGACCUUUUGAAAUCCUUACAGUCAAAUCCUUCCGUCUCAUCAAGUGUGAAGCCCUGCAGCUCUUCUACUCCUCAGCAGGAGACGAUGACUGAUCUCCCCAGUGGGAGUCUUUUGUGGACCCAGAAAGAAGUUACUAAUGCCACAGAUGGGUUCAGUAGCAAGAGUAAAAUUUGUGAAGGCACUUUUGCAGAUGUCUACCAAGGUCAGAGGCACAACAUGGUGUAUGUCAUCAAAAGACUGAAAGAGACUGAGUGCACAAGUCCAAAUUCCACCCAGAGAUUUUUUCAUACAGAAGUACAGAUUUGCUUUCGGUGUUGUCAUGUCAACAUUUUGCAGCUGCUGGGAUUCACAGUAGAAUCUGAGUUGCACUGUCUGAUAUAUCCAUACCUGCCUAAUGGAUCACUGCAGAACAAACUUCAGCAUCAAGAUGAUUCUGCUCCACUGGCGUGGGAGACACGGAUUAGCAUUGCUGUGGGACUCAUCCGAGCUGUGGAGUAUUUACACAAUUUUGGAAUUUUUCAUGGGAAUAUCAAGAGCUCUAAUGUCUUGUUGGAUGAAAACUUCACACCGAAGCUUGGGCAUUCAGGUCUGCGACUGUUCUCUGCUGAUAAAAAGUCCGAAUGUACUAUGAUGAAAACCAAAGUCCUGCAAGCUUCUCUUACUUAUCUGCCAGAAGAUUUUGUCAGACACGGGCAGUUAACAGAAAAAAUCGACGUGUUUGGCUGUGGUGUGGUCUUAGCAGAGAUACUGACAGGGAUGAAGGCACUGGAUGAAGGAAGGAGCCCUAUUUAUCUGAAAGAUAUGAUUGCUGAUGAAAUCCAAAUAGCAAAAGAAGCCUCACAUUCCAAAGUCAAGAAUUUGGAAAAGCUGGCUGCCAAGGAAAUCUGCUGUAAAUACCUGGACAAGAAAGCAGGACAUUUGCUGGAAGAGGCUGCUGUUCAUUUUGCCUCAGCCGUCUGCCUUUGUCUGAGGAAGAAGAAUGCUAACAUAGCAGAGGUGCUGGAAAUUAUGGAAACAGCUGAAAAUAAAUUGAGAGAGCACUACAUCUGUGGAGGCAGCACUUCUGGGUUUUCUAUGAAUACUCCAGAAGAAACUGAUGAUGAGACAACCAACCUCAGCAUGGACACCCCUUCUGCAGGGCAGAACAAGGAGGACAGUGCCCAGCCGAUACUCCUGGCAAGUGCUGCUCAGUGCACACCUUCAGUAGCAGCUGUGUCACCUGACACUUACUGCGAACAGACGUCACGGGUCCCUUGUGAAUCAGAUGAAUCGACGAGUUUCAUCUGGAACCCCGAUGAAGAAAAAUCUACAGAUGAGCUAUUCAGCAACAACUGCAACAAUUCAGAAAACAUUGCGAGCUCUGACUGCAGGAUAAAGGAGAAAACAAAAGCAAAUGUGCUCCGGGAAAGAAACGUAGUGUGCGUCAGAAGCGAUGACAACUUGGAAAUGGCUGCUACUGCACAAAGCACAUCCCAACCAAAAGAUGCAGAGCUGGACUCCACAUGUUCAUCCCAAGCAUUAGCCAGAGAGGCAUCCUGGAAUAUAAAAAUAAAUGACCAAAAAAAGAAGCUAAUGGAAAAUAUUCUGCUGUACGAAGAAGACAAAUUAAGCAGUUCUGAACUUUUUGAUUCUUAAACUGGAUGGAUUUAUAAGCUCUGACCAAUUUAUAAGAAGAAAUCAUGACUGAUUCUUUAUUAGAAAGAUGGUAAACCUCUGCUGUGAGGCCGAGUAGCAGAUGUGGAUCAGAAACGUUACCCUUCUCUGAAGAAAACAAAAGUGGUGGCACUGAGAAGAAAUGGGAAAUAUCUUUCCUAAAACAGGCAGAGGCACGGUGCAGAAAUGCCUUCUUUCUUCUCCUCUGCACUGUAAACAGAUUUAAGGUCCUUUUCUUGUGUACUUCCAAAAGUAUCUGCAGAUAACGUGCCUUAUUAAAAUACCCCAGUCCUAGAAUCACAAAGCAAACAUCAAUCCACAAUUGGCUGCAAUACCUUUUAUUGUCAUUGCACUGUAUAUGAGGAAAUAAAUCUCUGAAGAGAUUGGAGAAGGUUUCAGUUUCCAAAUGAUCUAUUUCAUAUACACUUCAUCAGACAGUUGAAAUUCGAUAGGUUGUAUUUAUUUUGGCAAUGGGUAGAACAGUCAAAGAAGAGCCAGAUGGGCCUGCUCAUGUAGCUGUGCUCCUCACUAAGCCAGCUGUUUUAUUCUUACCUUUGUUCCGUGUUAAUCUUAAACGUAUUCUGAGGUAUGGAGCCUUACCAGAUGUUUAUUAAGUGUAAUGUAACAUAGCUAAUAUUCUGCAUAGUCUUGCAAUAAUGGUAUUCUUCCUUUGGCUAUUCAAUAUAAUACAUUUUAAUCUCAACCUGUCAAAUUUACACUUUAUUAAUAAACUUGAGCAUAAAAAACAACAAAA